AUAAUGGCUUUUAUUAGAUUUUAUAUUAGAUUAUUUUGAUUAUAAUGUAUAAAAGAGAAAAAAAUAUGUUAUUUGGUAAUUUAGUAAGAAGGUACGAAAACUAAAUAACAUCACGUUAUCUUACUCUCGAGCUCUUCACAACAUUGAAAUUAUAAUGCUAUUAUAAAAACAUAAACUGCUAUUGGAAUGUUUUGUUAAUGAAGUAUUUGUCUGUCGUAAUAGAUCAUGUGUAACGAACUUGGAGCUCGCCUUAUUGAGAUAGAAACGCCAUCUGAAAAUGAAUAUAUAAAGAAUAUACUGCUAAGCUACAACCAUGAAGCUUUCUGGAUUGGUCUUAGAUUGCCUACUGUAGGAAGUACUUGGCAACUUGCCUCUUCUGGAGAAGAUGCUUUAUACAUACCCUGGGAUGAAAGUCAACCUAACCAGGUCAGAGAACCAAACUGUGCAGUAUUUUGGCAUACCUUUGAUUACAGAUUGGGGGAUGAGUCUUGUGAAGAAAUCUAUCACCCGAUAUGUGAACAGGAUGCAACUUACAACAUGAACUAAAGCGCAAUAUGGAACAUACGUGCCUUUCUUGUAUUACCAGAAUGAACAUUUCUUCUAGAAAAGCUUCUGGACUAACUGGACAUUUAAUUUUAUACAUAUCGAAUGGCUAUUAUCAAAAUCAUUAUUACAAUAUUACCAUCAACUUAUUACUAUAGAAUACAAAACAAAGAAAUCGGAACUGAAAGAUAAUUGGUAGUUCUAUUUUGUGACAAAAUGAUUUACGUUAACUAUCACUCUUUAUUGUGCAUAUUGAAAACAAUCUCUAAGAUGUAAGAGACGUUUUAUUUAAGAAAUGAUGUAUCCCGAGACAGUGAUUUUAUUACUAAAUAAAAUCACUGUUUUGAGAUGCGAGGAAUUAUAUCACGAGGGCGUAGCGACAAAAUCACUGUUAAUGAUAUAUUAUUUCUUAUCGGUCCUUCUAUGUUCAAGGGGAAAAUGCGGGUCGUGUUAGAAUGUUAUAUCACUAGUUGCUAUUUAUGCUUUUAUUUAUAUCUAUUAUAGAUACAUUUUGAACAUUUCAUUGUAAUUUUCUUAUCUUAGUACAGAUGUGAAACAAUAAAGUUUUAAUGCUCUCUUGAUAGCACUAGCCCUUAUUUCCUUUUUUCAUACCUCUUUUGUAGAAGAUGUUG